GGAAUUAUAAAAUAUGAAUUUAAUCUAAUUAAAAGAAACCCGUAGUUCUGAAAUUAGUAAGGAUUCAUCAGUCGUCUCCGAUCCCGCGAGCCAGUUCUCGCCGAUACGCGUGGCGCGGUGCGGAUGAGUUUGAUUGAGGUGUGCUGUGAACGACGGGGAAAGCCUAGGAACGUAGAUGCUUCGUUGAAAAAAUGGACGCUUUGCACAUAAUCAAGCUAGCUUAUGCCCUAAUAAUAGGCUUCUUCUUACUGAUGAUUUGGGUCUCCCUGAUAGAAUCUAGAGAAUUAGAUUCUGCACACUACCCGCCGUGUUUCUUCAACCCUCUUUGCACAUGUUCAAAAUCAGUACCUGAUCUUGGAGUAGUACGAUGUCUGGAUGUGCAUUUACCCAGGAUACCAGAAACCGUAAAUAUAUCCAAAGUGUUCAUGUUACACUUAGAGGACAAUGAACUGAGGACUAUCGAACCAUUCUUCUUACAAAGUACUGGUUUGUAUAAAAUUAUCAUCAGCAAUAAUCCUCUCUAUGUAGUAUCAGAUGAAGCAUUUAUAGGAUUAGAGAGGUCUUUAUGGGAGCUGGAAAUCAGCCAUUGUAGCUUAACGAGGGUUCCUAAUAGGGCAAUAAGAUAUUUACAGAAGCUGAGGCUCCUGGAUUUGACUGGAAACGACAUCAACAAAAUAACCCCAGAAAACUGGCGAGGUCUGGAAAGCUCAUUGGAGGUCCUUAUACUCUCAGACAACUCAAUCAGUCACGUUCCUAGUGACGCCUUCUCCGGGCUACCUCAUUUGGAUACGAUUGACCUCCGGGGAAACAACUUGCGAGAAAUCGACCCUUCCGUGUUCAGAGAUGGAAUGGGGAAAUUGGCUAAUCUCAUUCUCGCAGACAACCAGCUGAGUUCUAUUCCUUACCAGGCGUUGCAACCGCUGAAGUCUUUAAAGACGCUGGAUCUAGGUUACAACAGGAUCAAUAAGAUGUCUCCAGCUACUGAGCCUGGAGUUAAUAUAAAUCUCAAUUUUCAGUUAAAUUUGGAUAUACUCAGAUUGGAAUAUAAUCAGUUGAAUAUUUUGGCGCCGCCGUCUUUUCAGUAUUUCAAUGUGCUGAAUAAGACCUAUUUGGAUGGGAAUCCUAUUCAUACAUUGGAGGAAAAUGCCUUCCGACAAGCUAAGAUCCGGGAACUUUUUCUUAGAGGCUGCGGACUGACCGAGGUCGAACCUUCCGCAUUCUCAGGCUUGGAAAACUACUUGGAACUGUUAGAUCUGUCAGGCAACAACAUUUCCAACCUUCCUCAAGACAUUUUCCAUCGCUUUGAAUCGCUACGAACAUUAUCACUCAGAGACAAUGUACUGAAAGAUCUGAACCCUGUGGAAACAUUUAUCAGUUUUCAGUUUACUCUUUAUGAGUUGGACUUGAGCGGAUCAGAAAAUAUGCCAUUCUCGUUACAGGAUCUGCGAAGAUUGAGAGGUCUUCGUACUCUUGCUCUAUCACGACUGAAACAACCAACUCUCUCUCCAGAUGACUUUUUGGAAUUUGGCAUCGACUUAGAAGAGUUGAGAAUUACAUCUGCAGGUUUGCAGACUAUAAAAAGCAAGGCUUUUAAAUAUAUUCAUGGCCUGCAAAAAGUGGACUUCUCGGACAACAUUAUUAGUACCCUAGAAAAUAAUGCGUUUACAGACAUAAGUCACUCCUUAGAGCAUCUAAAGCUGGCCCAUGGGCUUUCAUCAUCUGUCUCAAAUAUUCCAACAGACCCAUUGAAGGUAUUGGUAAACUUAAAAGGGUUGGAUUUGAGUAACAACAGGAUAAAAACCAUGCCUGAUACCUCUUUUCACUUCUUGACAAAACUGCAAAGGCUGGAACUUCAAGAUAAUAUUAUAGAAACGGUUUCAAAAGGCACAUUCCAGGGUGACAUACAUGGGGAACUGGAAGAAAUAUUCUUAUCCUACAACAACAUUAGAAGUAUCGGUCAACAUACCUUCGUGCAUCUACCUCACCUGCAACAACUUCAUUUAGAUGAUAACAAAAUAGAAUCCUUGGAAAGACGCGCCUUUAUGAACUUGGAACAAAUCAAAAGGCUAAACUUGAAAGGAAACAAAAUUUCAUCAAUCUCCUAUGAAGCCUUCCAAAACUUGCCGAAUUUGGAAGACCUUGAUCUCUCAUUCAAUCAAUUAAAAACUUUCGAUUUCAUGAUGCUUGAUCAAGUGGGAACUUUGUCCAUCUUUAAAGUAAACGCCAGCUACAAUAAAUUGACUGAUUUGAUGAUUAAUGUUCCUCUACAGUUUGAAGGAGGAUCUAUUUGUCUAUUUUGCGCAGAUUUAGGGGGCGUACACUCCAACAUAAGAAUUCUGGAUCUGUCGCACAACAACAUCACGUUAAUCUCCAAGCAGUUCUUCAGACCUAUCGAGCUGUCUCUGACACAUCUCUACCUGUCUCAUAACAGUAUCUGGAAUGCUACGAAAGAUGUUUUUGGAAGUAUGAGACAUUUGCAAUGGCUGGAUAUUUCUAGCAAUGGGAUGUAUGAAAUGGAUUUUGAUAUGUUCAGGAAUACGAAACGAUUACAGGUGUUGAUAGCUUCUCACAAUAGAAUAGCAGAUAUACCGAACGACCUCUUCAGAUUCCUAAGCUAUUUGAGGUUGGUAGACUUUUCACACAACCGACUUCGCUUCCUCCCAGAUAGCUUAUUUAGAGAGGAAGGACUGGAAAGACUUGAUGUUUCCCAUAAUUUGCUAAGCAAGCUGCCUCUGAAUAGCAUGUCAGUUGCCGCAGCGAUGAGCUUGUGCGAAUUGGAUUUGUCUUGGAACAGUAUUUCGUCUUUGGCUCAUGGAGGACUGCUUUCCAGAUUCAAGAAUCUCAACGUCCUAGAUCUGUCAUAUAAUAGACUAGCCCAAAUCGACGCUGGAACAUUUAAAGGUCUACCAAGACUAUCAAACUUGGAUCUCAGCCACAAUAGUCAACUAGCUUUGGAACACAAUGGAUUGAGUUUUCAGGGAUUGGAAUACUCGUUGUUGCAUCUGGACUUAGAUAAUGUUUCUCUCACCAUGGUUCCGUCUCUGCCUACACCAAACCUUGCCACUCUAUCAUUGGCUCAUAAUUCUCUCCCGACAGUUCCACCAGAGAUGGCUACAAAUAUGACUAACCUCCAAUCUCUGAAUCUAAACCACAAUGAUCUUACUGCUGUUCCUAUUGUUACGCAUUCUUUACUGGAACUGAGAUAUUUUUCAAUGGCUGCUAAUCCAGUAACCUUUUUGAGUAACACUAGUCUACUUGGAGUGGCAGACAGAUUGGUAGAGUUGGACAUCAGAGAUUUCGAUUUGAAUACUUUAGAGGCUGGUAUAUUUUGUAAGAUGUACGCCCUGCGCACACUUAAGAUGGACUUCUAUCGGAGCGUUAAGAACUUCAAUAUUCCAGCAGUACUGCAGUUCAGUACUGGACUGAAGGAACUAGAGAUUCACGUUGAUGAGUCUACAGAUACUAAUCUAGAAAAAGAAAUGGCUGGUGAACUUCCUUCCAAACUGAGGAACAUUACUUUCAGUGGGAGAGGCUUGAAAAAACUAGGGAACAACGUCCUACAGGGUGUUCGAAGUCCAGUGUUGCAUUUUUGCGUAAGGAACACCAGCAUUCUGAAAAUUCCAUCGAACAUUUUCCAAAACGCAGGCUGGGCCAAAAAUUUGACCGUUGAUGUAAGGGAUAAUGGCGGUUUGCAGACACUCAACAACCCGUCAACUGGCUCUCGUCCAGACUUGUACCGAAGGACGUUUUUGAUGGAUUUGAAACUUACGGGGAACAGGUGGACCUGCGACUGUAAUUUGGGAUGGGUUGAGGUCUGGAUGAGAAAGCGGCGUCAGUAUAUCUGCGAACACAGUCCGCCCAUAUACGAGUCAUCCCCUCAUGACUCAGAAUAUCGCUGCAGACAGACAGAUGAUGAUCUGAGAACUGCAUUAUGUUCGAACAAAAAUAACAACACUGUCAUUGAUACUCUUAAAACUGAUAUUGAGUGUGGUUGGAGUUCAUCAAAAAAUUUGCAAGGAUUCGCCUCUGGUAUCGUCCUAGUGUUUGUGGUUUUGACAAGAUUCGUCUAGGUUGUUAGAUUUCAGACACGGGUUUUUCACAAUUCGAUCACUCGCCAUUUUUUAAUAUUUGUACUAGUUUCUCGUACACGGCUGAAUUAAAUUUAUUUUCCAAGGGUUAGAGGAGUCAAUAGAACAAAAAUCUGCCCGCUCACCUCUUUUGAAAAUUAACUAGGAGCAUUAGUCAAAUUGAAAAAUGAGAUUUUCAAUUAAAUUUAUAACAGAAAAGUGUCUUACCUUGGUCUUGCAAUACAUUGUCGAAGAAAUCUCUUUUGUGACGUGGACUCCUUAGUUUUGUAGUUAUUCCCCAUGUUAUAGCCUUUGUUGUCCAUAACAUGCUUCUUUGUAAAUAUUAUUAAGAUAAUGGUAUUGAGAGGAAUGAAGUUAUAUCAAAGAUAGGGGAUACUAGUAGGUAAGGUAGAUAAUUUAUUUGAUAAGUACAUAUACAGUCCCUGAGUAACUUAUAUUUAUAAUAUUUUAUGUACAUAUUUAUACAGUUUUAUGUCACUUGGUUAAUACAUUAGCACUUCAAUCAUAUUAUACACUCCCCGCCAAAGGUCUCGGUCAAGUUGUAGCAAAUCUCAACAAUAUUAGAAUGAAUUAUAACAUAGGAAAACAGUUUAUAGACUUACAAUAAAAUUUAGACGAAAAAGUUUUGGGUAAAUAUUUCAGUUUUACAUCUAAAGGGUAGACUUCGUAGUAAUUUCAAUUCUACCGGUAUUAAGAUUAUUUGACCUAGAACGCAGGGCAGGCAGUGUAUACGAUUGCUCGACAGGUUCAGGCCCAGAACAAAGCAACUAAGCAUAGGCGAAAUUAACUGUAGUGUAUACGUAAGACUACAAGUCUUAUGAUUUAUUAUCAUUUCUAUCAUAGCCGGUAUGUAUACUUAUGUAACAAAUGUUACUCAAAAUAGACAGAAUACAAAUAGAAUAUUAUUUUUAUAUGAUUAAUAGGAAUAAUCAUGAAGUAAAAUGAGCAAAAGCGAUAAGCUGAUUUUCAAUGCAAACGUUCAUAGCUAAUACUUUGUCCAGUUUACUGUUAACGCUGCGAUAACUGAAUGUGGAAGGUAUGAUUUUUUUUCGUUGCUACUUAUUUUGAUAAUUCGAACAAAUGUUUCUAAGACUCCAUUCUCUCAAUCUUAAAAGUACAAUUCAAGACAGACAGAAAAAAGCCGAGAACUUACUGCUUCCUGACAGAUGUAGAAGUAUACAAGUCUUGCCCGCAUCUGUCGUUCUUUCUUCUAUGCUUAGUUGCUACUCGGCUGUCAAAGACAGUUAUUGGUUUCUAUGACUACACAACGCUGUUAAGCUUAUACUCCUAUGGUAGAAAUAAAUGUUCCAAAACAAGCAGGUUUAGUUCCUUUUAGUGUUUGCUACAGUAGAUUGUUUUCUUUGGCGAAAAAGUAUACGUACAGCUAAUAAAUAUAUUUACAGAAUCUAUAAUUCAUUAGUCAGAAGCUUACCGCUGUAUCUGUACAUCCAUUCAUACUACGAGGAAGGGAAAAAUCCGGAAGAAAAUCAUAGUCAUUAUUAAUUAUCGUUUUUCUAAGUUCUACAUGUAGUCAUGACAAAUGGCAAGAUAUGUUCGAUUCAGGGCAUAAAAACAUGAUUGCAGAGCUUCGUAUGCGAAUUCGCGGUUGGUUAUGUUUAAAAGCCCUCUUUAAAUGUAAAGAAAAUUAACGCUAAGAGCAAUCGACAUGCUUCUUAUGUGAAAAUAUCUAUACGAGCAUACUCAAGCGUUUAGGUGACUGCUGAGCCAUCCAUGAGACUAACCUUUUCAAAGUAUAUACAGGGUGUCCAAAUUGAAGGGUAAUUUUGUAACUGUAAAUAGGUCACGUCAUGGCCUACUAGAUGGUAAAAUUUUGUUUCAUAUAAGGUCUUAUAGUUUUUGAGAUUUUCAAUAUUCAUUUUUUUUAAACUGGCUUAUUAUUCGUUAAUCCUAUGCCAGUUCUACAAAUAUCAACUUUUUUGAACCAGGUUUGUUUUAAAACACUCAGAAUUAAGCAUUUUAUUUCUUCCAUUUUUCUUUGGAGAUUCAAAAAACCCACAUAAAAGUCAUGCCAAAAUUUGAAUCAUUAUUAAAACCCCUUCUCAAGUCUGACUUUAAUACCCUCCCUGUAGAAUGAAACGAUCAAGUUCGACCAGUGUGCCUGUUUUUUUUUAGUUCUAUUGCGGUUACAAUGGAGGAGGGCCAGUUUUCGUAGAUAUCAGAACAUAACAAUACAGUGUCAGAGAUUCGCUUCUCCAUUCAGCGAUCUCAGCUCUUAUUACACCUACAGCAAAGGUUAAAUGGGGAAGGUUUUAGAGGAAACUUAGCGCAUUUGACAGCCGGCUCCAGAUUUACGAUCGGUCGAUUGGUUUUGAAAAUAUCGGCAAAAAACCGAAAAUGUCGAAUCUUGUUUUUUGCCUGUAAAUCCGAAACGGUUAAUUUAACAGCUGUCAACAUGUGACACUAUUCGGAAAUUUUUAUAAGGCAAAUAAGAUAACGUGUAUGGCAUGUCUCAGUCUUUUUUUGUUUUCCCGCAGCCUGCCUGAGCUUCGAAUUUUCUUAUGACCGCCAUAUUGGAUAUUCCGAUUUUUAAGAAGAGCCAGUCUAGUGAUGUCUUACAAGUGCAUAAAUGGUUGGAGAAUCAUCGAAAGAUCAUCACACGUAAUAUCAUGUAUUAAUUUUUUUCUAAGGACGCCUGUAUAGGGAAGCGAAUCUGGGACACACUGUAUAUGGGUUGGAUACAAAAAAGUGGAUAGUAUUGAUAUUAAAUUAUAAUUUACAUUUAAGAUAUCGAUGUAAUGAGCACCACUGGAUGUUAUGCAUAACCUAAAUUUUGUCUUAAAACAUUAUUUUAACCUAUUAAAAAAUAACCGCUUGAAUGCUCGAGUUUGCCUCAAUUGCGUUCUAAGCUUAGUCCAACCUCGCUUAUCGCUAAGAUGGAACAACAAAGAUUCAAACACAAGAAUCUUGAAAAGAAACUCAGACCAAAAAAAGCUGAUAUAAAAAUAACUAACAAUUCGGAUAGCAAUUCGAAAAAAAAUGAAUAGUUUUAUGGCGAAUUCAAUCAAAAACCUGACAUUAACUACAUUGAUUUGGAGGUUGCUAAGCGAAAAUUUUUAGGGAAACUUAAAAAAGUGACGACGAGAUUUUGCAGAUCGAACAAGUCACCAAAUCACAGGACUGUACUUUGUCGCGCCUUCAACGGAGGAUAAGGUUGACAGCGUCUCGGUUUGGUGAAGUUUGUAGAAGAAGGCAGACAACAAGCUGUAAAGUUCUAGUAAACUCCAUCAUAUACCCAAAAGAGUUUUCUAGUAAGGCAAUAAAAAAGGCAAUACAAAAAUCAUUGGACACCGAAGUUCAGUCUUGUAGUUUGUUGCUUUACAAAAACUACCUACCUCUUAUUUUGGCGGCAUAAAGAUAUUUUUAUGACCCUCAUUCAAUUGUUACCAUGUACCUACCACAUGACCCUUGUAAACAUAAUUGUGUUUACUGACAUGAAUAAACGAAUUUUAAUUUGA